AUGCCGGCCGAUUACAGCUCGACCGCAAGAGCAUUAGCGUUACCUAUAAGUCCUCUCGAGUCUCCCUCUUCUCCAAAUCAACACGCAGAGAGACCGCCAUGGUCAAGUCGUAUAUCCUCCAGUGUGCGACGAACAAACAAUUCUGCCUCGCCAUUCUCCACUCGUCCCACUACCUCCCUCAAAGAUCAAAUUCUCAGCAAAGCUGACAAGCUACAAAGAAAAGUGGUUUCAACCUGGCAGAAGCUGUCACCCAUACAAAAAGGUCUUGCCAUAGUAGCAGUGAUCCUCAACAUCGUUCUCCUCGCCCUGUUUCUAGUAUAUCAGCAUCAAAUAUUCGCCAGUCUCGCUCCAUUCGCUGAACGCUGGCGGGAUAUGCGAGGAGGAUGGAUGAUUCUAUGGGCCAUGACAUUCGUCGCGGCAUUUCCACCUCUCAUUGGUUAUUCAUCCACCAUUACCAUCGCCGGUUUCGUCUAUGGAGUUCCUAAAGGCUGGGCGAUAGUAGCGAGUGCAACAGUAGCAGGAUCACUCUGUUCAUUCCUAGCUUCUCGAACCAUCCUUUCAAGCUACGUACAUCGCCUCGUAGGAAAAGACAAGCGAUUCGAAGCCCUCGCUCUCACACUCAAACAUGAUGGUAUCAAAAUCCUAUGUAUGAUUCGUCUCUGUCCCCUCCCAUACUCCCUUUCCAAUGCCGCCAUGGCCACCUUUCCCACCGUGCAUCCUCUCAAUUACGCUCUCGCUACUGCCAUGGUAAGUCCUAAACUUCUGAUCCACGUCUUCAUCGGCAGUCGCCUUGGUUCCCUCGCCGGCGACGAAGAAAUGGACACCUCCACCAGAAUAAUAAACUAUGCCAGUAUAAUUAUUGGCGGUGCUCUCGGCGCAACUGUCGGCUAUAUAAUCUAUCAGCGCACCAUGGCGCGCGCCAAAGAACUCGAGAUAGAGGAGCUCGAAGCCGGAAAUGGUGAUGUGGCAGCUGGGAGAAGAUUAGCGGCCGAUUAUACAGAUGCAAAUAAUGAUGAUGCGGCGCUGAUGGACGAUGACGAUAUAUCCCUAUGGGACAAUCAGGAGGAGCAAGCGGGAUACACGGAUUUUAUAGAUGAGGACGAGGGAGAUGUUUUUGCGAGUGGAGAUUUAGAUGAGGAGGCGGACAUCGGGGGGAGGGGAGAUACAGCUAGAACUUAG